AUGGUUGUUGCUAUCAAGAAAUUGGAUUUUGAAAGCAUGCAAGGAUACGAAGAGUGGCAGGUAAGUCCAAUGGUUCCAAUAGACGACGACGAUUUGGGUCCGCCGUGGUUGAAACCCAUGUUGAAGGCCAGCUACUUCAUCCCCUGUUUAAUCCACGGAGAUUCCAACCAGAGCGAGUGCAACCUGUAUUGCUUAGAUUGCAUGGGGAAUGCUAUAUCUAUGCAUGCUCUUAUUGCUUCAUCCACCAAAAAGACCGUCGCGUUGUUCGGAUUUUUCCGUUACAACAACUGGAAAAAAAGCAUUAUUCAUCUUGAUUCUCAGGCUCUCCAUUCUUCACUGACCGCCCAGAAAACCACAGAUCCAGAAGAGCUCUUCAAGCUCUCCCUCCAAGUUGCCCUUAUCGUGUUCUUAAAGUUCGCUUCUUUACCCACAAAGCUUAUCCCCAAGGUCAACGGCGAUCCUCUUCUCGUGGUCACGCUGCGUGAUUGCCUAACCCAGUUUGAAGACUCUAUCUCGUCCAUGCACCCUGGUGACCGGAGACUGCUGCAGGAAACGGUUCUGUGGAUCCGAUUGGUCAUACAUACAUUGUUCAUUGUUGUAUGA